CAUCUCAAUGGAAGAGCACCCAAAACCCUACUAUACUGGUUCUGAAAUGAAACCGGAUAAGUCAACUAAAGUUAGAAGGAAUCAAAUACAAAAGGUUCCUUCAUUCCUGAGUGAUGAGAAUAAGGAAAGCGGUGACUAUGAUCCUAAAGUGGUUUCACUUGGGCCUUACCACCACGGAAAGGAGAAGCUCAAAUUUGUUCAGGAUUUCAAGCCCAUGGCACUAGACAUGUUCAUUGAAGGGAGUAAUCAAGACAAAGCUUUCUUCCUCGGGGAAAUUCUAAAGGAAAUUGAAUAUGCUAAAAGUUGUUACCUCGAAGAAUUCACGUGUAUCUAUGAUGACUUUUAUUUUGCUGAAAUGAUGCUCCUUGACGCAUGCUUCAUUCUAAAUAUUAUAGGACCAUGGGAACAGACAUUUAAACGGAGCGAGACAAUUGAGCAUCUUGGUACUGCAGUUUAUACCCUAAGUAAACGUGAUUUAUAUUUGCUUGAAAAUCAGGUACCGUUCAGAAUUCUCAUGAUCUUGGCUAAAUCUAGACAUCCUGUAGAUGAAAAAGGAUUUAUAAAGACGGCGGAAAGCUCUUGUUUUAACAUACUCUUCGAUGAGGACAUAAGAUCAUUGAAAGAUAAUAAACAGGGGACAACUGAUAUCCCCCUUCACCUUCUUGAAAUUUUCCGAAGAGCAAUCGUCACUGGCACCGGGGAAGUCCAACAACCACGUGCACGUCCUUGUGAUUCUUUCUGUGAGAUUUUCAACAAGUUGGGAUUAUGUCUUGAAUAUUGGUGCUGUAGACAAGAUCAAACGUCAACUCGUGGCCGCGGGGGGUAUGUGUUUCAUUCAGUGACGGAUCUGAAACUAAAGGGCAUUCAUUUCAGGCCUAGCGAGAUUGCGUCUUUAAAUGGCGUAAGGUUUAGCCCCGCUGAAUUCUGUCACUCUGCAACGCUCAAACUCCCAUGUUGGUAUGUUUCUCCCUACACCAGAUCAUUUUUCAUGAACAUGAUUGCUUAUGAGUUCUGUCCCAAUGUUUUUACCGAUAAAGCUGUGACUGCUUACGUGAAUUUCAUGAAAUCACUUAUUGUUUCACAAGAGGAUGUCAAAGAGCUGCGAGAAAAGAAAAUUUUAAUGAACAGCUUAGGGAGUGACGAACAAGUGGUAGAAGUCUAUAAAUCUUUGAAUACUUAUGGCACAGAAGAUGAAUCUUUUUUCUACAAGGAGAAAAGGAAUAUCGAGGAUCACUAUAACAACAAAACCAGGACUUGGUUGUCUGAAUUGAAAAAUACAUAUUUUAACAGUCCCUGGUCUAUAAUUGCUUUGGUUGGUUCUAUUUACCUCCUUUGUUCAGAUAUUGUCCAGACCUACUGUGCAGUCCACCCUUCAAAAGGAGGAUCUUGAUUUCAAUUCUUUUAAUUGUCGAUUUAUUUGUCCUCCUUCCAUACAAUCCUGUAUUGUGUGUUGUACCUUUUUCCAUUUGCUUGCAAACAAUAAUAAGAUUCAAAUUUUCCGAGCUCA